CGCACCAUCCGGUGGGCGCCGUCACGGCGCAGGCAGAGCAUCGCCGGCCCAGCACUGGCUGCUGCUAUGUUGCGCGCCGCGUCGAGACGUGAGUGGUGAGACUUUCAUCCCAGUUGAGUCGCGGAAAUAAACAGGAGAGGACCCACGCCUUGGAGAAUAUGAACACAGUGGACGCACCAUGUCGACCCGCCACCUCUUUGAAAUUCACUAUUGACAACAUCCUGAAUCUGAAGACAAGCGGGAGGGACUGUGACAGCUGUGAUUUCAGCGAACUCCGCGAUGACUCGACCGGGGAGAUGCGUAAAGGCGGCUUCCAGAGCCACCGCGAGGAGCAGGAGCGGAGGCAGAGCUCGGGCGACGGGCUUCACAAAAGUGAGCUGAUCAGGAGCUGCGGCGGAGAAGCGGAGCGGGUCGUCAUCAGUCGCAGAGACGCGCGGCAGGAGCCGGAGGUGCGCUUGGAGAGCGGGGACAGCAGCUGCGACGACAGCAGCUCCACCACCACGGCCACGGAGCCCCACAAAGACGACGGCGCGGCCAAGAAGGGCAAAAUCAUAACGAAGAAGAAAACGCGCACGAUUUUUUCCAAGAGACAGAUCUUCCAGUUGGAGUCUACCUUCGACAUGAAGCGCUACCUGAGCAGCGCGGAGCGCGCGUGCCUCGCCAGUUCCCUCCAGCUCACGGAAACCCAGGUGAAAAUAUGGUUCCAGAACCGCAGGAAUAAACUGAAGCGACAGAUCUCCACAGAAAUCGACGGACCCAUUAGCGAUUUCCCCGAGACUGGAAAGCCAGUGGUGGUAGUGGGACAGCUCCCGGCCUUGUACAAGGAGAGCAGCCUGCUGGGGAGAUGCGUGCUGCCCAUGCCUCUGCCCGUCGUGUACCCGGGGAGCAGCACGCCUUACCUCUGCUUCUCCAACGCGCGCAAGUACUUCAGCUUGUACGAAGGGGACGUAUGAUGUUUUACGCGGUCCUUCACGUGAUAGAGACACUGCUGGUGGUCUGGUGCCAGGGGUUGGGAGCAUUUUGGGGAGUCGGGCCGGAGCUAAGGCCUUAAAGGGUUGAAGAUCGCAAAUGCAAUCACAGAGAAAUAAGCUCAAGCGGUGUUAUUUAUUCUUCAGGGUUAUUGAUUGAUUUUAUAGGCCUGACACUAAACAUUACACAUAUCAGUUUUUUAUAACAUAUCAGGCUAAUGAUAAUGAUAGUAGCCUGUGGGAGGCCUAAUAAAUAUCAGUCCCAGCAUUUUAUGUUUUACAUAUUAUUAUUAUUAUUAUUAUUAUUAUUAUUAUUAUUAUUAUUAUUAUUAUUAUUAUUAUUAUUAUUAUUGACAGCAGCAUUUCUUAGCAGCCUAAACCACCAAAGAAUUUACUACAUAGCCUCGCUAUUUGCAUGCAUUACCUGUAUCAUACUGAAAUUAUAUGUAUUUAAAUGAAUGUAAUUAACAUUUUAUUCUGUUUCACGCAUGUUUAUUAUUUCUUUUCUUUCACGUUUUCCUAAAGGCUCAUUACACCAUUUACUGUAAUUAAAACAACUUCAAGCAAGAAAUA